AUUUGCGGUAGCCAUUUUCAUUCGAACAAUGAUUAAUAAACGAAGCUAAAUAAACUUGAACUUUAUUUUUAUAUAUAUAGCUAAAAGCAGAAACUGGAUAUUAGGAAGAAAAUCUUUACUGCCUUUAUUAUUAGUAAUUUACUGUCUCAGAAUAUACAAUUUAUAUUCGCCCCGGUACUGGGAGUAAAAUAAUGUCUGGACGUUACAUCGCUCUACUCCUUUGCUUGCUUGCGAUGGCAGCCGCAGAAAUAAAGGACAAGAAGAGAGUUAAAAAGUUCAGCUUGGCAUCAGCGCGGAAAGAAGGCUACGAGCUUAGCGAUCAUGAAAUGAUCGUCGAUGGCUUGAUGAACUUACUAUACUUGGCUUCAGAAGACCCUAGUGCCCCUGACUACUAUGAUGAGGCGAAACUUUUGGCGAAAUUAAAACUGGUCGAUAAUCCUCACGUCCCUGAUAUGCUGAAGGCCAUCCGAGGAAAUAAGGAACUCCCCGAGAAGGUUAAUGGGAAACAUAAAUUUACAAGAAUCAGCUACGCGAUGUCAAAGUUCGCCGACCCUUUGGGUUUUGAUGCACAAGUUCACGACGAAACGGCAAAACGUCACGAACUUUUUGAAAAAAUCGCAGAUCGACUCGACCCCGAGUGGCGUAAAAGGUCCAAAGAUGGGAGUGACCUUCACCAUAAAGAAUUGUAGGAAGCGGUGGAGCCAGUGAAACUGACUUCGACCUUAAUUAAAGAACUGUGGGAACUGACGGAGUUGGUGAAAGUGGGACCAACUAUAAAGAAUUGAAGGAAGUGGUGAAGUUUGUGAAACUGGGACCAACUAUAAAGUGUUGUUGGAAGCGGUGGAGGAAGAGGAAUUGAAUCAUUUUCAGGAUUAUUACUCUUCAAUAUUUAACAUACUUAAAUACAACUUCGUUAAAAUCGUUUCAACUGAUCCCGGCUUAUGCUUGCCAUUCCCCGUGUUUCCUAUUAUCACAUACGAUUGAUAAUUACUUUGCAUUUGCAAAACUAAUAUGCCGGGAGACGGGUUCCUCAUUUAUUGAAUGUACGUAAGGUGUUGCAAUGUGAGAUAAACUUUUAUUCGAAGUGAAUUAAUUGGAAAGAAAAUUUGAACUCGUGCGCAUACAAAUGCAUGAUAUAGUAGCGAAAAGUUGUUACUCAUAGUUUGUUUCGAAUGAAUUUCAGUAGACUCAGUAUAUAUACGUUAUCUAUUUAAAAUAUUGUAAUCUCCAGGUAAGCCGUUAUGCACAACCUUGCAAUAAAUACACUUGAUUUUAGAUAAUUAAAGCGUUGUAUAACUGUUUUAAUAAUUUAAAUAACAAUUUUGUGGAAGUUACUAUUAAUAGUGGAAGUUAUUGUGACAUGUAAAAAAAUUAUUAUAUAAAAUAUGGCCUUUGGAACACAUAGUUUUAUUUACAGAAAUGAUUAGCAUUUGGUAGCCUGUUUAUUUCUUAGAUUGAUAAAAUUUAACUUCUUAAUUAUGACAUGAAUAAUAUGUCAAUUUUGGGUCAAUAUUUUCAAAAAUAAAAUAUUAUUAGUUUAAACAUUUUCACACAAAGGUAAUUAAUUCCCGUUGAAUCA